GUCACCUGGCAACCAGGUAGCAGCGUCCCUGGAGCCCAGGCCCCACAGCUGCGCCCAGGCCUGCCUGGCUUCUCUUGGGCCUGGGGGACCCCUGGGGCCCAUCCUCAUUCCCAGAGAUAGGACAGCAGGCGCCGGUCAGAAUGAACAUCAUCUUCUCCAGGGACAGCCAGGUGAGGCUGAUGGACAGCGCGGUGACCAAUGCUGAAAGGUACUUCGGGCAGUUCUGCUUGCUGCUGGCCGCCUACACUCGCAAGACGGCCCGGCUGCGGGACAAGGCCGACCAGCUGGUCAAGCAGCUGGUCGACUUCGCCAACACCGAGAGUCCCGAGAUGCGGGCCGCCGUGAGGGACUUCGCGGAGGACCUGGCCCAAGUGCAGGACUACCGGCAGGCCGAGGUCGAGAGGCUGGAGACCAAGGUGGUCAUGCCCUUGAAGCUGUACGGCGCCCAGAUCAAGCAGACCCGGGCCGAGAUCAAGAAAUUCAAACGUGUCCAAAAAAAUGAGAUCAAACAACUGGAGAAACUGGAGAAGCUCAGGCGGAAGUCCCCCUCCGACCGGCAGAUGAUCUCCCAGGCAGAGACCAACGUGCAGAGGGCCUCGGUGGACACUGGCCGCACCACCCACCAGCUGGAGGAGACGGUGGACGCUUUCCAGAGGCAGAAGCUGAGGGACCUCCAGAGGAUUUUCUCAGACUUCGUGACCAUCGAGAUGGUCUUCCAUGCCAAGGCGGUGGAGGUGUAUUCCAGAGCCUUCCAGACGCUGGAGAAGUACAGCCCUGAGAGAGACCUGCAGGAUUUUAGGGCCAAGAUGCACGCAGGGUCGGGGCAUCACCUGGCCCGGCCCCUCUUGGAUGCCAGCCCCUCUCCAUGUGUGCCGUGGCCUCCAGGCAGCCAGGGCGCUCAGAGCACCGUGCGCAGCCAGAGGAGAGAAGAGGAGCAGAGUGGGGACUCGGUGGAGGAGGACCUCGGGGGACAGGAGCAGGGGCCCCGUCAUUAGGGCAGAAUUCCCAGGACAGGUGGGAGGACGGGGCUGACCGGGCCCUGGGGCAGGUGGGCCCUGCACCUGCGGCUCCCCACCCCCACGGAGGCCUGUGCCUGGGCCGAGUAGGUGUUCAGUGAGGCCCACGUGACACGCUGCCUUCAGAUCUGGGGACAGGUCACCCACACUGAUAUUGGAAGCACAGCAGACCCAUGUCCCGGGGCUGACCAGCAGGUGCCAGGCCCCGGGGAGGGGCCCAAAGCACCAGGACUGCACCCUGCGGCUCUGGGGUCCAGGCAGGCGACCUGAGCAGGAGCUUCGGCAGGCCGCGGCCACCCUUCCCCUUCCUGGUGGUGCCCGUGCCUGACGGCAGCCUUCCUCCUCACGGGCCGUGUGCACAGCCUCCCGUCCCGCGGGUUUCGGGCUCGCCGUGCUCUGCCCAGGUCAGACUCCAAUGCACGAGUUCAGCUGUGACCCACGAUGUGAUGUGUAGGGGUGACCUGGGGACCACGACACGUCAUGGAAGUCCACAGGCCUCGGGGGUGACAGGAAGAGGUGGCGGUCUGCAGGAGGCUGCCUGCUGGUCCUUGACCCUCCCCAGGCCAGCCAGGGGCCUGCCCCUCCCCGAAGGGCGUGACGGGUGAGGCUGGGGCUCUCGACACACCCGAGGUGGUGUCUCUGAAUGCCAUGCACCACCGAGUCGGCAUGUGGACAGGUGUGCCCAGGGCCUGAAGCCUGGGCACCUCCCCUGUCCCAGCCCCACCCUCGGAGCCCCGCCCUGCAUCUGAAAUCCGGCGUGAUGCUGUGGGCAGCAGAAUCUCAAACGGGCUGAAUGUCCCACAGGGACGUGGAGCCGGAGGGAAGUGCCCCCAGCUGUGUCCCAGGCUGCACCGUGAGGGGCCACGGUGCGGAAUCAGGGUCAUCUGUGCUCCCAAUGGCUCAGUCCCCCAAAGACCGUGGCUGGGGGCUGCCCGCCCCAUGGUGCCUCCAGCCGGCCUCGUGGGCAAACGCCCCGCUCUGAGCUGGGCAGCACUGGGUUUGAGCCCCCACGUGGGUGCCACGGCUUGCUCACCAGCAAAGUGGGAGACACACGUCUUCCUCUGGGAUCACUGUGGGGCCAGCGUCCUCACCACAGUGACUUUUACGACCAGAGGUCCCGCUGCUGGACCCCUGCAGGAGCCGCCCAACUCGCCCAGCAGGACGCUCCCUCCCAGGGUAACUGAGGCCCGCCAGCUGUCCGCAGGGCAGGAGGUGUGGACAGUGGGCCGUCCUUGGCAUGACUUUGCACGGGGAGUGGUCACACUGUGUAUUUCCCCCUUGCUCUACGCCGUCUGUGGGACCGUGAGCACACACACCUUCCACGCCGUGUCCCCACUGCACGCGUGGUUUCUGGAGGGAGGUGGCCGCGCUGGCCCUGUGUGGUCCCAGGGCUGAGCAGCGCCUGGCACGCAGUGGGUGCUCACCAGUGUGAGCUGUCUGAGCGGGGCCUCCCUCUUCCCCUCUGCCCAGCGAGCAGAGAGGCCCAUUGUUCCUAGGAGCAGCUUGGAUGGUCGCCAAGGGCCGCCUUGUCACUGUCUCCUUGGGUGGUCACUUGGAAAGAAGCAAUAAAAUUCCGAGACUCUUUCUUGGGCAGGAGGGGAAGGGGGACGAGGCCCCUCGCGGUGAGUCUCUGUCCUUGGCGCCGGUCCUACCUGCACACUGUUGGUUUUCUCUCCUGGUCGCUGAGGACAGACCCUUCUCCGUCCCCCCCCCCCCCGUCCCCAAGGCCACUUGUGCAGGUUUCUACCUACAGGAGGAACAAAGCCCUGUCGUCCCCUCCCAUGAAAUCAGGGGACUGAACAGAGUGCUUGUCCCCACUUUGGCAGAGAAGAGGUGCCCCCCGGGGGCCAGAUGCUUGUGGCCUGACCCAGCGCUGCCUGAAGAGCAGGCCCGGAGGGAGCCCUGGGGACACCGCGCAGGGGGCUGGCAGCGGCCAUGCCCUGGCCUAGCAGAGAAGCAGCUUUGGAAGCUGGAGCGCGUUCUCUUUGUUUAGUUUUGUGAAUUUUGAAUAAUAAAUGUGUUCCCAUAAAGCAAGACGGGAA